GUUUGCGAUACACGCGGAGGAACAGUACGCGUUCAAUAUAAUCAAUAGAAAAAAAUUAUCGACACAAAAAAAAGGAAAAAAAAGAAAUGUAUACAAAAUCAAUAAACGUUAAUAAUCCAAUGGCAAAUGACAGGAUAGUUAAAUUUAUUCAACUUUAUCGAUCAUGCGAGUGCCUUUGGAACGUCUCAUCCAAAGAUUACGGAAGCAAACUUUCCCGUAAUGCUGCUUUCGACACGAUAUCAAGGAAAAUGCAAAUUCCAAAUUUAGGACCGCGAGAAGUAGCCAGGAAAAUAAAAAAUCUUAAAUCGGCUUACCAACUGGAAGUAAAGAAGAUCAAAGAAAAAUCAUUAUCGGGAAUUGUUUAUCGACCGAGCGCCAUGUGGUUCAAUCUUUUGGAUGAAUUUUUACAAAACUCUGAGAAAUCGGUUGAACAUAAUUGUAGAUCGAACGAUCAUCAAUCAACCGAUCGAUCUGAAACGACUCAACAAACUGUAUCGAACAUUAACGAUGAAAAUAACGUUUCGAGUAUAACGAAAAAUCUUUUUAAAUUUGAAUCAAGCUCGGACAAUGAAAGUAAUUCUUCAUCGAGAAGAAAUAAAACAUCGUUGGUCGAUGUUAUUUUCAACGAAAGACAAAAAAAACGUAGGAGGAAAGAAAAAGACAGGAUGACACUUAACGAAUACAAAAGUUUUGGUAAAUACGUUGCUAAGAAUUUGAACAAAAUGCCAUUCGAAUAUGCGAUAUCAGCAGAAACUGAAAUUCACAGUAUCAUAAUAAAGUAUAAGGUUUAUGCUAUGCGAAAAAUUGUUUAUUCAAAGAGGAAUACAACGAGCAUGAUCAAAAGGCAUCCGUCAACAUUUCUACCAUCUCAAAAUUUUUCUUCGAUACUUCGUCAUAGUAUUCAUGAAAUACGACCAACGUAACAUAAUUUCGUUAAUAGGAUUGAAGAUACGUUUGAUAUUAGAGCCAAAGUUUUUAAUCUAUUAUUGUAUUUAUAUUAAACGUUUAGUGGCAUCUAGAUUAAAAUUACGUCGACCGUAUUUUUCGUAAUUUUAGAUAUAUUUUUUUUCGAUAAAUUAAGCAAUAUAUUAGACAUAUAUCUAAUACCUAAAUUAUAUUAAAAAGAACAAAAAAACAUUUUUUGAUAAUAGUCUGGUUACGAAUUUCUAGUUGCAAUUUAUUUAUAAUAUACACAAUGUUCUGUUGUAAUUAGUGGUAAAAACUAGCAAAGAAUGAUUUUACAUGAAAAUACUAGUAAGUCAAAAAUUAAUGAUAAAAUUUGUUCGUACGAGAAAUUUUUUAACUAAGAAAAAUAAUUAUUUUGAAAAUUCGUCUAAUUAUGCAUUUAAUUGUGUUUGUAACCGUCGAUAUUAAAAUGAGCAUAAGAAAACCAAUUAAAAAAAAUUUUGACGGUAUUAGAGAAAUAUAAUAAAAUAGUUUUGUUCUGUUUUGCGUGCAAAAACGGAAAAAAGGGGAUCACUUGAAAAUGAUCAUUGAUAUGCAGUAUUUAUCUAGUUGAUAAUUAAUCUUAGCAUAUAUUGCAGUAAAUGUAUUUAUAUUAUAUCGUCGAUAUGCAUUAUUUAUAAAUCCUUGUUUAUAUUUCUUCGGUAUUUCACGAACGAUCAACGAUAACUUUAUUUUUAUAUCUCCAAACGUUAAUGUUUU